AAGAGAGAAGAAGAAGAAGAAGAAGAAGAGGUUGUGCAGUGUGGUAGAGAUUCUCCGUUGGUCUGCUUUCGCCUCGGCGAAGAGGUUAGGCAUCCUCCAUCUCGUCCCGCCCCGUCCCGUCUUCCGCUCCGAUCAUGCCUUGCGAGAAUCUCUUCGCCGCUGCUCUUCUCGUCCAACUCCAAACACAGGGGCGGCGGAUGCAUAGCUUAAUCGGCUGAGAGUUUUUCGCUUUGCCCCGUUUUGCGUUUUGGCAGCACGGCUUCAUGUGCGUGGGGAGGGGCUAAGUAGGUGUGGGAGCGCAAGAAACGACUUCCGAUGCGAUUGUGAGAAAGUCUUGAAACGAAGUUCCUGGGAAGAUGCCGCGCAAAGUUAAUUACGGCUUUGAUUACGAUGAUGACUACGACGACUACGACGACUACGAUAUCGAUUAUGAUGUAGAAGAUAAUGGCAAUUCACCUAAGCCAAACCAAGAGACCACCAGGUCUGGUGUUUGGCGUUGCUCCAUUUGUACCUAUGAUAAUGAACAGAGCAUGACCUCAUGUGAUAUUUGUGGGGUUCUUCGAAAUCCUUUGCCUCCGAGUGGCAUCAGCAAUGGCAAUGACCUAAAAACAGUGUGUAAAGAUUCUGGAGCAUCCAAAAUGGCCAGGUCUCUAUUUGAAUCAUUGCCCCAUCAGACACCUAAAAGGGCUGCAUUAAUUCAACAGCAAAAUGAUGAUCCCUUGACAGGACAGCGCACCAUCUUACAUGAGUUUGCUGAUGUGCAUGGGAACUUCGAUAAGCUACACGAGGCAUUUAACACUCAUGCCCAUAAAACUGUCAAUAUAGUGCCUUUUAAAUUUGAUGUCCCAUCCCCAGAUGAUAUUGUCACCAAUGGAUUGCGUUCCUCCAAAAUGGGUGCAAAAGCAAGUGCAACCACCGUAAGGAAGGAUAAUAUGUCUGCUCCAAUGAGCACAAGAUCGUCAAAUAGCUCAUCUCUUAUGAUGUCAAAGGGCAGAAAUGUCACUGGUAAUGAGAACAAUCAAUUAAAAGAUGAAGAGCGUAAUCUAAGAUCAAGAGCGAAAAAUCCAGAUGAAAUGGCAGGUGCCUCAUCAAGCUAUCAAGAGGGUGGGAUUGAGUACACUUUAUCAAUGGAUGAGAUCAAGCCGCAAAGUCUUGUGCGUAGUUUAGACAGUGUCUCUGUUAAUGAUAGAGGUAGAAAUUCCAAUAGUUAUGGCACUGGAAAAGCUACUUCUCAGGGGCAGUAUAAACCUGAAAAAUGGAUGCUCCCUGAAGCAGAAGAUGGCUUAUUGAGUCAAUUGAAUCUCGCCAUUGUGGGGCAUGUUGAUUCUGGAAAAUCAACACUUUCAGGUAGACUUCUACAUCUGUUGGGACGAAUAUCUCAGAAGGAGAUGCACAAGCAUGAAAAAGAGGCCAAACUACAGGGCAAGGGGUCCUUUGCUUAUGCUUGGGCAUUGGAUGAGAGCCCAGAGGAAAGGGAAAGGGGAAUAACCAUGACGGUGGCUGUUGCUUAUUUUGAUACCAAAAGAUAUCGUGUUGUUGUGCUGGACUCCCCAGGGCACAAGGAUUUUGUUCCAAAUAUGAUAUCAGGAGCCACACAAGCUGAUGCCGCAUUGCUCGUUAUUGAUGCGUCCAUUGGUUCUUUUGAAGCUGGCAUGGACGGUAGUAAGGGCCAAACUAAAGAGCAUGCGCAGCUUAUCAGAAGCUUUGGAGUAGAUCAACUUAUUGUUGCAGUUAAUAAAAUGGACAUCGUGGAGUAUUCAAAGGAUAGAUUCGAUUUGAUCAAAAAGCAACUUGGAACAUUUCUCCGGUCUAGUGGUUUUAGGGACUCAUCAGUAUUAUGGAUUCCUCUGAGUGCCAUGGAAAAUCAAAAUCUGGUCUCAGCUCCUUCAGAUGUUCGUUUGUUAUCCUGGUAUAAGGGACCAUACUUGUUGGAUGCUAUCGACUCCCUCCAAUCUCCAACCAGGGACAUUUCGAAACCUCUAGUCAUGCCCAUAUGUGAUGUUAUUAAAUCACCUACGAUGGGGCAGGUCUCUGCUUGUGGGAAAUUGGAAGCUGGAGCUCUUCGAAGUGGAGUGAAGGUUCUCGUCAUGCCAUCACGGGAUAUGGGGACAGUCAGGUCUUUGGAACGUGACUCUCGGCCAUGUGCAAUCGCAAGAACUGGGGAUAAUGUUGCUGUGGUUCUUCAGGGAAUUGAUACGAGCCAAGUGAUAUCCGGCGGGGUCCUUUGUCACCCUGAUUUCCCGAUUUCCAUUACCAAGCAUCUGGAGCUGAAAGUGCUCGUCUUGGAUGGUGCUUCCCCCAUUCUAAUCGGUUCUCAGUUGGAAUUUCAUAUUCACCAUGCAAAGGAAGCAGCCAGAGUUGAUAAAAUGGUGUCAUUGCUCGAUCCUAAGACUGGCAAGGUGAUGAAGAAAGCACCGCGGUGUCUCCUUGCAAAGCAGAGCGCAGUUAUUGAGGUGGUUUUGCAAGGACCAGUUUGUGCAGAAGAGUUUUCGAGCUGUAAAGCUCUUGGAAGGGUCUCCUUAAGAGCAUUGGGGAGAACUCUAGCCGUAGGAAUUGUUACUCGAGUAAUUGAGAAAGAACCAUAGCAUUUUCAGAAGUAAAUAAUUUGUAUUCUUCGGCAAAUUUUACAAUUGAGUAACGGCAACGGUGUUGAGUAACACAUCAGUUUUAAUGGAUGAUAGUGGGACAAGUUGCAAAAUAUAGAUAAUACAGAGAAGCAGUUAACUUGAUGGGACACGAUAGAGACGUUCACAGUAGCUAAAAGAGGAUUGGCCAUUGCAUGUGGAGGCAAUGAGGAGCUGGAAUGUGUUAUAGUGUAGAGCCUAAUCCUAAUGAAACAUGUAGUAUUUAUUCAUUCUUUAAAAUAUUAUCGAGGAAAGAAAUCAUCUAUUAUUUCAA